AUGACCACACAAACAUUUCAAGGAGUUAUAGACAGGUAUAAUGGCAUAACAGUGGAUUCAUUGGAAGAGCCUUGUGAACCAAACCAGUUUUUGGAUAAACUUUUAGCUUCCUUAAAGAAAUGGGAUGAAGAAGAAACAAAAUGUAUUUGGUUUAAAGUCCAUAUAAAUGAUGCAGUAAUAGUUCCAAUCCUUGCCAAUAAUGGAUUCAACUUUCACCAUUCAAGGGAUAAUUUCGUGGUAAUGUUCAAAUGGUUACUUAAAAAUAGUACACCCAAUUUGCCACCUGCCUGUCACACAAAUCUUGGUGUUGGAGGUUUAGUUAUAAAUGAUAAUAAUGAGAUACUUGUUGUAUCAGAAAAUUAUUUAGAUUUUCCUCAUUGGAAACUACCAGGUGGUUAUGUUGAAAGAGGAGAGGACAUCAAAGAUGCAGCAGUACGGGAAGUAAAAGAAGAAACAGGCAUUGAUUCAGUUUUUGAAUCUAUGGUCACAUUAAGACAUACACAUAAUGCUAUGUUUGGAAACUCAGAUAUUUAUAUUGUUGUUAUAUUAAGACCUACUUCAUCAAACAUAGUUAAAUCAGAACAAGAAAUCAAAGCAUGUCAAUGGAUGGAUAUGAAUGAAUUUCUGAGCCAUCCUCAUGUCCAUGAAUUUAAUCGGUUUAUUGUAAAGCAAGCAUUAGACUUGAAGAACAGGGGUAUAAAAUUUAAUCUCAAUAAAACACAACUUAAAAUUAAAAGCUGGUCAAGAGAUGUCACUAAUUUAGUUGUUGAAGAUCUA